AUGGCUCACGACACCUCCCCCGCGACGCGGCGGAGGGGCUUUGAGCCGCACGAUGCGCGCGAGGCCUCUGUGGCGAAGGCAGAAACAACGACAGCAACGCGCAUGCAGCCUGCCAGGCGCGCCGGCGGUAACCAAGAAGGCCGUGCGACGAGGCGGCGAGGGACGCAACUCUUUUCUGACGGCUAUUCCUCAGCGAGCUGCCCUUCGCCCCUCUGCAGCCGCCUUUCUGAAGAAUGCAUAACGCAGCCGCGGCUUCUGUCUGUCUCCGCGCGUCGCCCGCGCCAGGCGUCCUCCCCUACAGCCUCAACAACCAGAGCGAGCUCCGUCGCGGCUUCGUCGCCGCCCUCUCCCGAUCCUUCGCCUCCCUCGCCGUUGCGCCAGACGUCGUCUCUCUCGGUGUUGCCGCGUGCCAAGUCCUCCGAGGCCGCGCCGGCGUUUCUGAGGCCUUCGAAACAUCCUCCUAAAUCGGCGGUUAGUGGGCAGUCGCCUCGCGCGGCUGCUCGCGCUAUGUCUCGGUUGUCGCCUUCGUCUGUGAGGACUCUUUCUGCUUCGUCUCUCCGCGCAGUUUCGGCCUCGCGCGCGUCGCCGGCUGAGGCGCGGGUCGCAUCGCCUGCGUCUUUGGGAUCCGCCCCGUUACCUGCAUCUGCAUCCCCUUUUCCUUUUUCGGAGGGCGCAGCGAAUUCCUCGACCCUUACUCCAGUGUCUCUCGCGCGUCUUCGCGCGGCGAAUUGGCGCGACUUGGGCGUCCCAGUCGAUGAGCUGCGGCCUGAACUCUGCCUCACCACGGGCCAGACGUUUCAGUUCUCGCGCAUCGGCGGAGGCGAUACUCCGCUAUGGGAAGGCCUCGUGGGUCGGCGCGUCUUUCAAAUUCUUCAGACGCCUACAGGCACCUUAUACAGGUGUCUCCACCGAGAUCGUCGAGGCGCGACAGACCCUCCUCUCAGCCCUAAACGUGAGCCGCGAGAGACGCGGAGGCGAGCUGAGAGGAAUGCCGGCGCGACGGCGCAGCUGACUCCCGUGAAGCAGGAAGGCGAAGCCGACCCCACAACCGGGGGAGACACCGGCGCCGAGAGCGAGCUCCCACGCGCAGAAGACUCCGAAGACGACAGAGACGACAGGGACGCACUCCGCGCCUUCUUCAAUCUCGACGUCUCACUCGCCAAACUCCGAAACGAGUGGCAGACGCGAAGGCUGCGCAUCACGCUGUCGCCUGGUGCCGUCUCUUCCGGCUCUUCGCCGGUUGGGCCUCCGUCGCCUCCGCCGCCGGUGGCAGCCACGAGGGAGCCUCUGCAUCGCGGCCAGCGCGGCCUGCAGCCGCGCAGAAGGGUCAGGGCGGAUUGCGGCGAAUUCUCAAGGCGAUCCAACGGCCGCAGAGCGCAGGACGCGGGAGUGAAGGAAGCGUGGCGUGGCGGCGGCGCAGGCCAGGCGACGCCGGGCGAAGAGGACAAACGCGCGCAGCUCCGCCCCCCUGGUGGACUCGAGUUGCCGGGAGAGGGCGCUGGACUCGCCGGCGUGGGGCGUGUCCUACAGCUGCCCGUCGUAGAGUGUUUCUUUUGCUUUCUCUGCUCUUCGAACAACAACAUUCCUCGAAUCACGCAGAUGGUCGCCGCCCUCCGCCGCGCGUACGGCGAGCUCCUCGUGUGCGGCUGCGACGCGGAAGGCGAAGAGAAGGCCCUCGAGGAGAAGGCGGCCGCGGAAAAGGUCAAGGAGACCCUCCGAGACACUGAGCUCCUCGAGACGAAAUUGUCUCGCCCCGCUGCCGACUCCCGCCGGGAUCUCUCGUCUUCGCCCACGGUGCCGUGUGAAGCUCCGUCGGGCGCGCAGUCCCUCGGCUCUCGACGUCUGCCUGACUCUGCGUGUGCCUCGGCGCCUGCCUCUGCAAGCGGUCUGAGCGAGGCGUCUAGCUGCGUAUUUUGCAGCCGGCGCGAUGUGCCUCUGCUUCUCUCUCUCCGUCCCAGACUCACUUGGCACGCCUUCCCGUCGGUCGCCGCGCUCGCGCAGGCCUCGGAGGACGCGCUGCGGCAGCUUGGCCUCGGGUAUCGUGCUCGACUUCUGGUGGCAGCCGCGAAGGCGCUGCAGGCCCAGGGUGGCGAGGCCUUCCUUCUCUCUCUGGCAGCCAAGGCAGUCGCAUCCAGACGCGCGGGUGAAUGCGACGAGGAAGCGCUGUUUGCAGUCGAACGAGACAUUCGCGACGCGUUGUUACCCUUCGCCGGCAUUGGGCGUAAAGUCGCAGACUGCAUCGCACUCUAUUCGCUGGGCUGCUGGUCGCGCUGGCCGGUGGACACUCACUUGCUGCAGUUUGCGCAGAGCGACGCCGACUUCCACGCGUUUCUCCGUGGCGCCGCGAGGGCUGCGCACGCGGCUGUGCGAGAAACAGGAAACGAGGCGGGCCUCGCGCGCUCUGGGCGCGGUGGAGGCACGAAGGAGACCGGACGGGCUUCUUCGCACGCCGCGUGGCCACCUGCAGAGCCGCAGUCUCUUGAGUCGAUGUGCCCGUGGAGGCCCGCGCCUCUGACCCCGGCCGCCGUCGAGCGAUUCUGCCGGUCCGCGAGCGGCGCGACCACGUUCGCGAAUCUCUCAGAUGCGCUCUACUGCGCCAUGCAAAUUUUUUACCAGCGCCAGUUUGGCGUCUACGCCGGCUGGGCGCAGAGCGUCGUGUUCACCGACGCUCUGCGGCGGAAAAGGAAAGACAAAAAAGAGCCAGAGAGACGAGACGAACGGGCCCCCGCGAAGAGAUGGAAAAGCUGA